AUGGAAACAUCAAAGCGCCGUUCCUUGGCCCAAAUCACUGCCCUCGAAGACGUGGUCAAACGGCUGCGAGCUGGCGAGAUGGUUAGCGAGACCGAGAUGCAAAAGAUGAGAAAAAGAGUGGGGCUUUUGAAUUCUCAUUACGGAAUUCAUGAUGAUAAGGACAGUCUCUUUGGUGAUGAUGCCACGUCCUCCACUUCGCAAAAAGCCACCGCUUGGAAGGAGGUGAUCAUGGGAAAGGCUGGAGCGACGAACGUGACUGAGGAGCAAGAAUUAUCCGAGUGGAACAAGGAAGAGCCACAGGGCAAAGUCUUGACACUCUUCCCACAAAGACAGAAUGUCAAGUUAGCACCCUCUGUGUCUACCGACACGGCUACACGACCAGCCGCAGCGGUCCAACCAGUCGAACGAUCAUCUCAACCUCAAAGCACAACAUCAAAUCCGCGAAAACCCAUCUUUUAUUAG